CUCUGUGGUGUGAAGAGCACAUGGCCAAAGCUCUGCGACGGAACGCUCAUUUAUCUUCUUCUUUUUUCCCCCCCUCUGCAUCUAACUAGAACAGGAAUGACCCGCAGUGUCGCUGGCAGCGCUCACAGGUCACGAGGAGGAAGGAGUCCGUAAAUAUUUGAGAACAAAGAUGGCAGUGAACUUUUAAUUGCUGAGAGAGGAAGCCGCCUUUGAUUCCCAAGACAACCUGCAGUCAGCGGCCGGAGGAGCGAGGCCAAUCACAAAUAUCACCAAACUGUCUCCAGUCUGCCACACUCAGGUGAAUGUGGGCCUAUUUUUACUAAGCGUUCCCUUUAGACUGGGCUGCAAUUGUUUAUUGAUUACUAAUCAAUUACUAAACGAUUGACAGAGUGCUUUGAUAAGUGAUUAAUAAUAAUCUUCAUUAAUUUCACAGUUGUCUGACAUUUUAUGACAGAUGGAGUAAAUAAUCGUGGCUCCUGAACAGUGACAGUUAUUAAUGUGCUUCCUCCUCACCUGUGACUCAGCCUCUUACUCUUUGGGAACUGGUCUAAUUGCUCUUUUCGGACAUUUCACAGGACAGAGCUGUCCUCCACUCAGCUACUGUGUAAUUUUACCCACGCACAGUCUCUGCUUCACACAGGGCUGAUACCUUUGCCUCCCCCUUCCCUUUGUAUCAAUUGGUCGGAGUUCAGCCUAUUGUUGCCACAAGCGUCUUUUAUAUGUGCGCUCGUUCUGCGCUCAGGCGCUCAGUCACAACCACGGGAGGGACCUCCAGCACCUCCAGCACCUCCACCUCUGACUCCAGCAGCAGCAGCAGCAGCGGCAGUGCUGGGGCUGUCAGCGCGUACUCUCGGGCUCCUAUGUGCGCAGUGCUGGAGCUUUCCAGCGUUGGGGCCCCGACACUUUAAUGGGACCCCGGGAGCCGGGUAGGAUUUCUCCGCUUUUUCGCCACAGUCGUUGCUCCUCGACCAUGCCACGAUGCUGAUGAUAGCUCUGCUGGUGUUGCUGAGCCUGUUGGAUCCCGUUAGCACCCGGAGCCGCUGCGCCCGUGGCCAGGCGUGCGACCCCCGGCGACGCAGGGACGCCGGGGGCCGCGGUGGAGUGUAUGAGCACCUCGGAGGAGCGCCGAGGCGCAGGAAACUCUACUGCGCUACCAAGUACCACUUACAGAUCCAUCCGAACGGGAAGAUAGAUGGAUCACUGGAGGAAAACAACCCACUGAGCAUCAUGGAAAUCACAGCUGUGGAUGUGGGUGUUGUAGCCAUUAAGGGGCUUUUCUCUGACAGAUAUCUGGCCAUGAAUGAUAAAGGACGGCUGUAUGCCGCGGAAGUGUUCACCAAAGAGUGCGAGUUUGUGGAGCGGAUCCACGAGUUGGGGUACAACACGUACGCAUCCCGCCACCACUCCACUGAACAGCCACUGCUACCAGGAGGCAGCGGCAGCAACAAGCGCAGAGCCAGUGCUAAACGGCAGUGGUAUGUUUCCAUUAACGGCAAAGGCCGGCCGCGGCGAGGCUUUAAAACCAGAAGCACAGACAAAGCCUCACUUUUCCUGCCUCGGGUGCUGGGCAACAAGGACCAUGAGAUGGUGCGGCGACUGAGAGACAGUCAGAGUGUACACCACCACGCACAUCACCGCAGCGGUGAGCGACGGCGGCGGCGGCACCGCGCCAGGAAGGGCAGGGGCUGAACUCUGGCCGGGGGUUACACUGUAGCUGGAUUUCAGUGGAGGACAUGGACGAACAGUGUGGACAGUGUGGAUGCUGCCUUCUGGAUUAGCAAAGGUUCCUAUUGUUUAUGCACAAAAAAGAAAUAAGUAGAAAAAGGAAAGAGGUGUUGGGACACGUGUCAAACUGCCCACACACACACACAUCAGCUAAUCUAACCGUUUAUUUACUGUCUUGUACACAAAUGUGUUAAUAUAGUUGAACACUUCAGUCUUAGUUUGUAAAAGGUUCUACUUUUGUACACGUCGCUUCUGUUAUUGUAAAUACACGUUCACUCACUCCAGGUUUUCAUUGAAGAGAAUAUGCUAUUGCUAUUUUGCUCCAGUCAAGUGCUGAAAACAAAUAUUAACUCAGCAAAGCACUUUUUUUGUCAGAGUCACACUAAAGGGAUAGUUGCAGGUUUUGAAGUGUGGCCGUGACUGAGCGGAGAAAAAGGGAGUUUUUAUUAAGACUCACAUAAUAAAAUCUACUCCUCCAUCUGUGUAGAAUAUGUUUGCAUCUUUAACAACACUCACCCACUCUCCCGUGUCAAAGUCCUUAGAGAAAAUCAGCGAUUUUCCUCCACAGCUACAGACGUCUGCUGUGACUUCAGGACUUUGUUGACACAAACUUACCAAACAAGGAGCAACAGAGCAGUGAAAUAAAGCAGCAAACAUAUUCUUCAGCUAUCGUAAGACUUGAGACGUGCCUCAGGCCGGUUUAACCAUCACUUUAAGAAGCAAAGGGAGAAUCAGUGUGAGACGGGACCUGCUGAUGUGAUUGUCUACUGUCUGUAAAUUCAAAGAAGUACUUUGUAUAUUUUACUAAUGCUAUAUUUAUUUGGUGCCUCCUGUGUUGUAAGUUAUUGAUAAGACUAUUUCUGCAUUUUUCCAGUGUUGCUGUUUGUUUCAUAGUUUCACUCACCACCUGGUUCCAUCAUAAAUGCAUACUGACACAAGCAAACAGCCGAGCAUCUUCAUUCCUCAUUGUGUUUUCAGUGCAUAAGAAAAUAAGACAAGCGUUUAGUCCAGAGCAAAGACACGCUUCCACGUUACAAUACACAACGUACACAGACAGAAAGAAGCAGCAUUUAUGAUAUGAAAUGAAGUUAGCUGAAGCUCUUUGAAACAAACAAUGGCACAUUUAGUCUGAAACAUCACGUGUAAAACGGUGGGACCACAGCUUCUCCAUGUUUCCUUAAUAAUACACAGAUGUUUUUGGUUUUUUUUAAAACAUCUGCUUCACAUGAUAAGCCCAGAUUUACAUUGAAGUUCCCCACGAAAACAAACUGCUGUGAUGUUAGUGAUGCUGUCAGGGCACAGGAAGUUUGCACCUUUUACUUCUGUAACACAGAGUGACGGGAAACACUGAAUAUUCCCAGUGAGGAUUAACAGAGAACAGACACCUGGUAGACGGGUGAACUUACCUCGGUUUAUUACAACUUGUGCAUUUAGAGCUGUCACACACACACACACACACACACGUGCAUGACAUUAUCCCUGUGUCUCUGCUCACUGUUGUUCUGAUGCAGCUGAGCACAAAAUAAAAAGACGACCGUCUCUGUAAAAUUUAUCAGAAGCUGUGUUUCGGACUCUUAGAUGUUCAGGUUUUGCCUCGCCUCACUCCGGUCUAUAGGUAGCAGCAUAAAGCCUUGUCAUUCUAUACCUGCGGGCUGGGGAGGCUUCCUGACCUGGACAAUAGCUCCUCCCAAGGGGGGCCUGG